AAAAUCACGUCUUUUGAAAGUCACUGCAUUGGACAUCACUGGUAUUUUGUCAUGUUCCCUUUUUCAACACUGCAAACAGCUGCCAGAAUCGCAAACCGCGUCCCAGGCUCAUUGCAAAAGUUUAAUAAAUUGUUAUAUUGCAUGUUUUACACCAUAAAUAUUUAUUCAAACAAUGGGUGUUACGGGCCUGUGGAAGCUUAUCGAGCCGUGCGGCAAGCCAGUGCCCGUGGAGACUCUGGAGGGCAAAAUCCUGGCAGUGGAUAUAUCAAUAUGGUUGCAUCAGGUUGUGAAGGGCUUUCAGGACAACAAGGGAUCGGCCCUGAGUAAUGCCCAUUUACUAGGAUUGUUUCACCGCCUCUGCAAAUUGCUAUAUUAUCGUGUGCGACCGGUUUUCAUUUUUGACGGAUGUGUUCCGCAGCUUAAAAGAGAUACCAUUGCCCGUCGUCAGCAGCAAAGGAACAAGCUCAGCAACGAGGCCGAUCGCAUUCAGGCCUUGCUCCUUCAGUCCCUCGCCAAGGAGAAAGUAGUGCAGCAGGCUCUGGGCAAGAAUGCGGAGCUGCUGCUCAAGUCACCGGUUAAGAGACCGCCGCCGGCAAAGAAGAACGACGAGGAUGACUUGUUCAAGCUGCCAGAACUCCCGGCGGCGUCUGUGGGACAAGAUAAUCCAGACGAAACUGACCAGGACACCAGUACUAGUGCCUCGGACAGUUCCUUCGACGAGUCAAACGCUCGUCAUUGUUACAAUUCGAGUCUGCAGGCUAUCGAUGUUAAGAGCCAGCACUUUCGUAAUCUCCCCGCCGACGUGCGACAUGAGAUCCUUACAGACAUCAAGGAGACGCGCAAGCAGUCUUCGUGGGGACGCCUGCACGAGUUGCCCGCUCGCAGCGAUGACUUCUGCUCCUUCCAGAUGAAGCGUCUGCUAAAGCGUCGCGCUGUUCAGGAGAGCUUGGAGCAGGCCGAACAAGAAAUGGGCGGUCACACGCUCACCUAUUCGGAGUUAUGCGACUUCUUCAGUGAGGAGGGAAUCGUCACGCCAACGGCCAUUGAGCAGAGUACACGACAGAUUAGUUCGGAUGAGCACACUCGAUUCCUGCUGGUCAGGGAUCUCAAGAAAAAGGCCUUGGAGAACACCAAGCAGGAGGUUAAAAUGGAGAUGAUUGAGGAGGUGCCCGUAGAGGAGGAUGAGAAGCCAAGCACUUCCACCAAGAAAGAGUCUGAGGAAAGUACUGAUCUGGGUACGGAGUUCGAUGAAGAUUUGGCCAAAGCAUUGUCCAUGUCAAUGGAGGAGACCAAAGUGUACGAUGAGAAGGACUAUGAUUACGACUCGGACCAAGAGCUCCGUCUUAACCGGGCUCAAAGCAAGCAAUUGCGACAUGCGGCCAAAGGACCUGCUAGGGCAUAUAUGAUUGAAUACGGUGGAAUGAACGACGAGGAGGUUGGAAACAUCAUGGAGGCCACUCAGCUCAAUGAUACCCAAAGUCUGGAAAAGUUGCUUGAGACCACCACAGUCCAGAGUGACAUGGCUAACGAUUCAAUAGAGGAGGCCAAACUUAUUUCCCAAGCCAUUGAAGAGAGCAAACAAAUCUCUCAAGCGAUUGAGGAAAGCAAAAAGACACUGAGUGAGGACAAGGUGGAGAUUGUAGAUACAGAUACGGAUUCAGACUUGGAGGAAGUUGUGGAAGUUCAAGAGCCAAGUAAACGUAAAGAAAGUCUGGAGAUUUGUGUUGACAUCACCGAGGACCUUAAGGAAUCCAACGAUUUAUUUGCGGAUGUAUUUAAAGAGGAUGAUGCCCAGGAAAAGGAGAACAAUGAGAGCGAUGAUGAUGAUAAUGACUUUAUAGAUGUAAAAGACAGUGAAGAAAUGUUAUUAGAUUCCCAAGAUGCAGCUAAACCAACAACAGAUACAACUAUUCAAGAAAAUCAACAAAUAAUGGAACGAUUUGAUGAAAUUAUCGAAGUGAAAGACAGCGAAGAACAGAUACCUGAAAAAGUUAAACCUAAACCUGAUCUGGACUCCAUACUAAGCGAUCUUAAAAAGGAAAGCGCUGCUGUGAAAAACAUUCAACUUAAUUUAACAGAUAAAGCUGAAGCAAAACCAAAGGUUGAACUAAAUUCAAUAUUAGAUGAUCUUAAAAUUAAGAUGGCCGAAGUGAAAAACAUCAGUCUAGAUAAAGUCAAGCUAAGCAAUAGUGCAUCCAUUGUGUUAUCCUCAGAUGAUGAAGGGGCAUCUAAAACCACAAAAACGGAAAUAAAUCUAAAGCCAAAGGAAGAAAUAAUCGAGUUGUGUGACAGUGACGAUAAUAAAAAAAAUCGCAUAUCUCCCAACAAAACUCCCAGCAAAAAUAGGUCCAUUAAGGAUUUCUUUGAUACCAGUUACGUGGUAAAGCGAACGCCCGACAAAUCUCCAGUAAUGGAUGAAACUCCUCCGGGAACACCGAAGACUCCGAAGCCCUUCUACAGAAAGCGAACACCGAAGUCUGGCCGUAAAAGGGCCAACGACGAGGGAGAGGGCAGUGAUGAUGGAGUUUCUCCCACAAAAAAAUCCAGUAAGGCUUCAAAAUCACUCUUCGAGCCAAACGAGACGGAAAAGGAAAAAAAUGUAGAUCCUGAGGAGAUUAUUAAAGAUGCAGCUGAGGCCCUGAAGUCCCAGAAGACCUCGGAGGAGCUGCAAGAGAUGGCCACCAACUUAGCUCAGGAACGGAAGGAGCUGGAGAUUGAGCGCAACCGGCAGGACCGCAUGGGCAUGUCCAUCAGCCAGCGCAUGAGCAUCGAUUGCCAAGAGCUGCUGCGUCUCUUCGGCAUUCCGUACAUUGUUGCACCCAUGGAGGCGGAGGCACAGUGUGCCUUUCUAAACGCCACCGAACUUACCAACGGCACUAUUACCGAUGACAGCGAUAUUUGGCUGUUUGGCGGUCGAACCGUCUAUAAAAACUUCUUUGCCCAGAACAAGCAUGUGCUAGAAUUUCGGGCGGAACAGAUUGAGCAAACUUUUAACUGCAACAGAGGCAAACUAAUUCAGUUGGCGUGUUUGGUGGGUAGUGACUACACCACCGGUAUUCAUGGCAUUGGAGCUGUGACGGCUCUAGAGAUAUUGGCCUCCUUUUCCGGACAGGAUACGAGUUCUCAAGGUGUAUGCAACCAAUCGGUGCUGCAAACAUUGGUCAAGUUCCGCGACUGGUGGCAGGCACACAAGAGCAGCAAUCUACCUCCCGGAAAUUCAGCCCGCCUUUCCCUUCGCAAAAAGCUGAAAAACAUCGAGCUGCACGAGGGAUUCCCAAAUGGAGCAGUAGUGGAGGCUUACCUGGCGCCCACAAUUGACGACAAUCGGGAGGCAUUUAGUUGGGGCACACCGGAUGUGGAAUCAAUCAGGGAAUUCACGCGAAAGUCUUUUGGCUGGACUACCUCAAAGACAGAUGACAUUCUUUUGCCCGUUAUGAAGAAGAUCAACGAGAAGAAAAUCCAGGGCUCCAUACGCAACUACUUCACGGCCAAGAGUGCUCUGCGAGUUCAGCAGCCGCUUGUCAGCAAACGUGUACAACUAGCCAUCGACAAGAUGUCGGGGAAGAUCGAAGAGACGCCGGAGAAGCCAGAGAAGGUGACACGCGCCAGACGGGCAAAGGCAGCUCCGGCGGCAGCUGGUGAUGUACCCAAUGUGGAAGGUGAGCCUAAAACAUCCCGUCCCAAGCGGGUCAAACGAAAGGCUGCAACAGCAAUUGAAUCGGAAGUGGCGGAUACGGAACAACCCACCACUUCACAGUCGGUUCCAAAGCCAGAAAAAUGUCCUCGGAUACCCAACACCGUAGAAGUUAUCCCUCAGAGAGAAAAGGACCUGGAGCAGAUGCGUUUAAACAAGGCCAAGGCGGCGGAGAUUUUAAAAAAUGCAGCUAAAGUCAACAAAAAAUAAGCUUAGCAAAAUCCAUUAAAACGAACUUUAUAGAAUUA